AUGGAAGACGUGAUCCCAGCCUUGCCAUGGGGCACGGGGGCUCUGCGACAGCGUGUGCUUAGCAGAUGGUUUACGUUGGAGCAGGCUGUGUGCCAUGCGGAGCUGGAGGACAGGUUGAGUUACUUGGAGCUGCGCAGCUUCAUUGACAAUGAGCUUGCGGGUUCUGAGGUUCAAGCCUCACCUGAAGAUGUUGGUGUUGGUUUGCUGUCUGUACCUGAAGAGAAUGAGCUGCCAGUAACAUCCCCCAGCAGGAUGGAGGCUGGAAUUUUGAAGCUCUUCAUGACACUGUUCAAGGUUGAGCAUGGGGAAGAACCCAUGAGCAGCGAUGCAACGAUCUCCAAGUGCCUGCUGCUUUUCGAGCUGUCGCGCUCAGCCCCGCGCGAAGGGUUUCGCUCCUGGUCCUCCAAGGCCUUGCUGACGGAUGAACUCAGUGCGAUCAUGGAUUCGCAUCUGAGCAAAGACGGCUUCUGCGAACUGGUCGUGCGUAGCAAUGGGCAUGUGGAAGAUGCAAAGGAGUGGUUUGAUGCUCUUUGCCCUCCGAGCUCACCGACAGCUGUUUUGACGCCUGCUGCCCUGACGCAACAAGCCAUCAGCUGGCCACGGUUACCUGUUGCAUUGGAUGCCAUGGAUGGAUGGCAGCCCGCAGAGUUGGUGGUGCGGCUGGCCGCUUUGUGGGGCGACCUCACGGCUGCCUUUGGGUUACCUGCCCGGGACGCCGCCGGUGAGGAAGAUGCCACGUGGCCUGUGGCGCUCAGGGCGUCAAAGGAGAGCGUGAAGUCCAUGGCGCGCUGCCUUGACGGGUCCAGCUCCCCGCCACGGCCGCGGAAGCUGAGACGCCUGACCAUGAGGCAGUGGCUGCGGGCACUUCGAGGGAAACCUGGGAGGCUACUGCUUGGCGAAAUGGAAGCUCGAACUGAGUCUGAGCGACUUGCCGCCCUGCCACAGACAGUGGAUAGGCUUUUUCCGAAUCUUUGUGAUCGGCUGCUUGUAACGAAGAACUUGUGGCUUCCUGGUGAGUUGAUUUGUGUCCGAUACUGCCUCAGCGACUUCGGCUACUGGGGCAGCGGCGGGCCAGAACCACUGGUGGCUGGAAGGAAGCUGAUCCUGGGGCGGCAGCCUUUCAUUACCUUCCUGCCACAGCCCGAAGUGGCUGGCUUGGAGGACGCCAUGCCCCCUUCAUGCGCCGUGCUGUCUCAGUUGCCCAGCGGAAUCGUCUGGCUGCGAGCGCCUGUAGCGCCACCAAAGAGUGGCGACAUAGCGAGUUGGCACCUGCAGCUCUUUGCUUCAGAUGAUGGGCUUCAACCAGUGGCCCCCAUGAGUCAACCACUGCUGAUUCAGGUGAUGUGCGUGCCACCUGCUCCACCUUCAGAGAUCGUCUUGUGUGACCGGUCACCGGACUCACUGACCCUGUCCUGGAUGGAGACCCUUCAGGAUGGCGGGCUGGAGGUUAUCCACUACGAGCUCUGCUUGGAGCCACCAGACGGGGACGCAGUGAUUCAUGAGGCCACUGAACCGCUGAUUACCAUCACAGACCUCAAAGCAGAAACAGGCUAUGUUACUCGGGUGCGAGCCGUCAACAGUCUUGGUUCUGGACCCUGGAGCUCUGCUUAUCGCUUCAGCACGGGAGAAACCAGUGCUCCUGCGACUAUGCCGGCACCCUGGGUGGUGCAGGUGGGCAUCUCCCAGGCGCUGCUGCGCUGGGUCCCACCCAAUGGCUUCCGGGUCGGCAAGUAUCACCUGAAAGCCGUCUCUCAGAAAGUUGGGCAGGAGGAUGCGCAGAGCUUGAUGACUUGCGAAGGCGACCAAAUGGAUGUGCUUUUCACAGGUCUGUCGAGCUAUACGCCGUAUCAGUUCAGCAUCGCUGCAAGCAACUCUCUUGGCCAAGGGCCUUGGAGCCCAAGUACGGUGCAGGUCUUCACAGAGCCAGACUUGCCGGGACAGCCACAGGAAGUUGCUUGUGACCUGUGGGGAUACCACCUUUCGCCUGAGAUGGCCGAGCAUGCCUCGCUCUGCGUUACCUGGAAGCCGCCAGAAGAUGAAGGAGGCGCCUCCGUUCUGGAAUACCUGGUCAAGGUGGAGUCCUUGGACAAGACCGCCCAGGUCUCAGAGAUGUCCAUUGCCAGUUCGCCUGCCUGGAUCUCUGGGCUUUUUGGCAACAGCUGGUACCGUGUGUCGGUGGCCGCGCGGAAUGCUGCUGGACUGGGGGAUUUCGUGGAGAUUCAGGCUCAAACUGCUGUGCUGCGGCCGCAAGCUCCGCGCGAGCCGGAGCUGUGUUCUGCAGAUGCAGAGGCGGUGAUAUUGAGGUGGUCGCCUCCGGCGGAUGAUGGUGGAGCGCCGGUGCUGAACUACGUCGUGCAGGUGGCUGGUCCUCAUGGCGAAGGCGAUUUGGAGCUUUGCGUUGCUCCCCAUGUCGCUUCUGAAGGGUUUUGCGAUGCAUGGAAUGGUCGAGAAGGCGUCCAACUUCCACCGCUCCGCGGCGCCACUGCGUACACGCUGCGCAUCCGCGCCCGAAACGAAGCAGGGCUUUCGGAAGCGGCAGAAGUUACGGUGAGGACAGGUCCCACAGUCCCAGGUGCUCCAGAGCCUCCGCGGGUCUCCCGGCGCCCGGGCCAGCUGAAGUUGCGCUGGGACUUACCAGAGGAUGGGGGCAGUCCAGUGGUAGAAUACGAGGUUCGGGUGGCUUUAAGUGGAGACUUGACCAUCUUGGCGCAGCUGUGUGUCGAGGGCCGCGAGGUGAAGUUAGCAGGCCUGGAGCCUGGCUGCAGCUACAGCGCCCAGCUCCGCGCCCGCAAUUGCCGCGGCUGGAGCGUCUGGUCGCGCUGGAGUGCGCCACGCUCUCCCACGGCUGUGCCGGGCAGACCCGUGGCUCCCAGGCCGCUGUUGCAACGGACUGCGCGGUCACUUUUGGUGGAGUGGGAUCCUCCGGACAGCGACACGCCCCUGCUGGAGUACGAAGUGUGGUGCGGGAAGGAGGAAUCCUUCUGCCACGGCCUUGCCCCGGCUGAUGGACGGCGCACCCGGACCUCCCGCACCGUGGCAAAAAUCAGCGGCCUCGCGCCUGGCAGCGAAUACAUCUUCCGGGUUCGUGCCUUGAACCUGUCUGGGUGGUCGCCUUGGUCAGCGCCGUCGGAGGUCGCCUGCACUGCAGACACCAUGGAAGCACAGAGCAGUGAAAUCAUGUCGGCUGUGUACCGACGUUUUGGUGGUGUUGGAGCUGCCUUUCGUGCAUUUGAUCGAGAUCGAGAUGGAUUUGUCAGCAGAAACGAAUUCAUGUUGGGCUUGUCCAAAUAUCGCAGCUCAAUGGAGCAGCGUGCACGACUCUUUGAUAUGGCCAGUCAUGAAGGAGGCCCAGCUGGCCUGAGCUAUGGGGAUUUUGCCAGCCUUUUCUGCCGGCCGACGCCCACCAACACCUCCAAGCCAUCACAUCCUGAAGCAAGCCGCUCCGCCCGGGGCCUGAAAGAGGCGAGAAGGCCCUCGAGGGGAAGACACCUCAGAAAAACGAGUCCACGAACGUCAUGCCUCAGGGAAAGGGCUUUGCAACAGAGCUCAGAGACAUUGGUCCCAUUGGGGUGUGGGAACAAAUCAGCAUCUUGCGAUUCUUCGCGGGCCAGCAGCCCUGCAAGUGAGUGCAAGCGGGAUUUUCAAUCAGUAUCCGAUACGGAGAUUGAAUUGAAAGACGGCAAUUGUGACUCUGCCCGUCGACAUGUAGAUUGCCGGCGCAUCACAUCAAAGAGGCUGCCUAUUGCAGAUCGACGAGUACGAGCCUUGUCGCUGUACUGA